AAAUGAUGCAUUCCUACGCUGCUUCAUGGUCAGCAGCAUACAUUUCCCAGCGUCCUUUGCAGCCGCUGAUUUCUGUUGUUGUUUCCGGCUCAGACGCGGCUAGUUCAAGUUGCCAUAGCAAGGCUAUUAGCUAUCACUCGCAAAACUAAACCAACGGCUUUGGUUUAACGUAUUUCUUGAGGUAGCAUUUAUUUGCUCUGUUGCUGCUGGACAUUCGCAGUGUUUCGCAGAGUUCACGGGAGUCUCAAAGGAGUUAAGUUGGCUAACGUUUGGUCAGCUAGCUAACGUUCAUAGUAGUUUCCACUUGUUGCUAGCCUGGAGGAGCAUCACAACAAUGCCUGCUUCAGUGAUUGAUAGGGGCAGUUUGAAUUGGAGUGUGCUGCUGGUCAGAUAGCUCUCUGUCUCAACGGGUUGUCACGGUAACAAUGACAAAGCUCCCACGUCUGCUAAGAGAAGCUAGUGCUGGCUAUCAUCAGCCGUUUAUCGUCGCCUCCACUGUGAACCUGCCCUAAACUAUGGAUACAUCCAGUGAAACGGAGUCAUACGACAGGACAAGAGUGCACCGGCGUCGGGGGCGUGAAGCCCACCACAGACCGGGCCGGGACAGGGGCAGAGCCGGUGGGAGUGGGAGUGAGCCUCGACCCGCAGAUAUGUCCGAGAAGAUCAGCACACUGGCGAGCACUUUACAGGAUACCAGUAGAAACUUGACCAAAGUAGACCGGAUGCUAGGCCAUUACAGGGAGCAUACAGAUGAUCAGGCUGAAGCCAUGACACUGCUCAGGGAGAACCUGGAGGAGUCCAUCAGCCAGCUGCAGACACAGAGGGUGAGCAGGACAAACGGAGCUCCGAGUGCUUCAGCUUCAGCCUCCACCCUGCACACAAGUGACCUGGAAGCUGGCUCAGGAUCAGAUGACCAGCGUUUCUUCCCUACUUCUCCACUGAAGGACUAUACAAGCACUCCAGACAGGACGCGGAGGUCUCAGUCCGCCGGUGUUCGCUUCAAAGAAGCCAGCCUGCCAGGAGAGGAUAUUCACGUUUUGCAUCAAUCCUUGAGAGAUCUGCACUGUGGCCAGCUAAGACUGUCUGAUGACCUGGAUAGAGAAAUCCUCCGGAGGAAUAGGGCUGAUAUUGACACCCGGCGAGCGAUGGAGAGCCUCACGGAGCUCACACCCACUUCCCCGAGACAGGCCUCGGUGUCGUCUCGUGUGGAGCGGCGUCUGCAGGAGCUGGAGAGAGAGAUGCAUUGUGGGCAAGGCGGCGUGGAGCGAGAGAGAAGGCCCAAGCAGCGGGUGGCCGUGUCUGACGAGCUGCAUGAGACUUCAGGGAGACAAAAAGUUCAGGGACAUGAGAGAGAGGAGGCUGUUGCAGCCAGGCUACUGAAGGCAGAGAAAUCUAAGAUGGAGCAGGAGCUGGAAAGAGCUAGAAGACUACUUGAACAGUCUGAGGAUAGCAGAGAGUCCCUCUCUCAAAAGGUUUAUUAUUUGAGCCUGGAGAAAGAAGUGGUGGAGCUGCGGACCCAGCUGCGCACGGCCUCUGUUCGCGGUGAGGUGGAGGAACUGAAAAGGACUCUGGACCGCAAGGAGAAGGAGAGGCUCCACCUCAGCAUACAGGUGGAGGAAUUGUCAUCAGACCUGCCGCGGCGGGAACAACAGCAGCUCCGAAUGCUGGAUCAGUUAAAAGAAACGCAGAGCCGAGGACAGGCAGAGAGGAGGGAGACGGAGACUCUACUCCAGGAGAGCACGAGGAGCAGGGAGGAAUUAAAGAGCAGGGCCCAGGAGGCUGUGCGCCAGUGGAGGGCAAAGUGCAGGAGACUGCAGAAGGAACUGGAGGAGACGAGCUCCCAGGCUCAAUUUCACACCGACAAGGCCUCACAGGCAGCCAGGGAAAAAGAGAGCUCUCACGCUCAGCUGAAGGCGCUGAGCCAGCAGACUGAGGCAGCCCGCAGGGAGCUCGCCGAAAUCCUAGGCCGCUUGGCUCAGCGCGAGGAAGAGCUCCACCGCAAGGACGUGGAGCUGUCUGAGGCCCGCCAGCGCCAGCUGUCCCUGGAGCAGGACAACCGGGAGGUGCGGGAGGCCUCUGCCGCCCUGGAGGAGGAGACUCAGCGUCUGGCUGCUGUCCAGACACGGCUGAAGGAAGAGAACCAGAGUCUGGAAGAAAAAGCUGACAGCCUAGCCCGUCGUUGUCAUAGAGACCAGGACACGCAGGCCGAGUUCCAGGCCUCAAUGAAGCAGAUGACUUCGGCCCAUUCUCGGCUAGUCCAGCUAUUGGCCGAGGAGGAGAGCUCCAAGAAGGCGCUCCAGAAAGGCUUGUUGGAGCUCCAGGCCAAGCUGACAGCCGUGCAGGAGGAGCGGGCCGCACUGGGGCAGCAGCUGCAGCUGGAGAGAGAGGUGCAUCAGACAGAACUGGACAAUACGAGGGCCAUAAUGGAGGACACCAGGACCAAGAAGUUUCGUGAAGUGCAGGACAAUCUCACUCUCUGCCUUCAAGAGCGGGAGGAAAUGCAGGCACACCUGGAGGAGGUUAAG